ACAGGGAGCUGUGGUCACGUGACGCGUUCACCUGUGCCCAACCUGUUUAUCCGCUGCUCCUCUUGACUCGCUGUCCCCGGGGAUAAACUCGGAUGUCCGUCGCCUGAGCUUGAAAGUUUGACUCUUCCGCCGGUUUCGCGGAGUGAACGCAACAGGUAGCCGCGGUAUUAGUGUGGGGUUUUUUUUUUGUUUUUUUUGUUUUGGUUAGAGGGUCUUGUUCGACCUGCAGCUCGCCGACUGUUCGGACUUCGACCUCGGCGAGGCAUCCGUCUCGAACGAGGAAGUCGGGUCGGAUGAGCGCGCGUCGCUGACGAAGUCGACGGGCCGCUGGUAAAUGGCAGCAAAUGCCCGCGGCUGGCUCCUCUUCCCCCGUAGCGUGGGCUUGCGACGACCCCGGACUCUCCUUGGACAGUAGAUGAGCGUUUCCUCGGAAGACAUGGACCCCUCUGCCAGCAAUAACUCCGAUGUCCACCCGCCCUCGCCGGUUCUCCCGGGGAGGUCAGACAUCUCCAACGCGACCAUCAUCCAAACCAGCAACGGGUCGAUCAAAGAGGACCAGAUGUUUCUGAACACAGUGGCCGCCCAGGCCCUCUCAGGGAUAUUUGUCUGGUCCGCCCUGCUCAUAACGUGCCACCAGAUCUAUACACACCUUCGAUCGUACACUGUCCCAAAUGAGCAGCGCUACAUCAUCCGCAUCCUGUUUAUUGUGCCAGUUUAUGCCUUUGACUCGUGGCUCAGCCUGCUCUUCAUCAGCAACAACCAGUACUAUGUGUACUUUGAUUCCAUUCGAGACUGUUAUGAAGCAUUUGUCAUUUACAAUUUCCUGAGCCUGUCAUUUGAGUAUCUGGGAGGAGAGAGUGCAAUCAUGUCCGAGAUACGAGGGAAGCCCAUACAGUCAAGUUGUCUAUAUGGUACCUGCUGCCUCGGUGGUAUGAGCUACUCCAUCGGCUUUUUAAGAUUCUGCAAACAGGCGACUCUCCAGUUCUGCGUUGUCAAACCCAUCAUGGCAGUCAUCACCAUCAUCCUGCAGGCCUUUGGCAAAUACCAUGAUGGAGAUUUUAAUGUGAAUGGAGGAUACCUGUAUAUCACAAUCAUCUACAACUUCUCAGUCAGCCUGGCCCUCUACGCUCUCUUCCUCUUCUUCUUCGCAACAAGUGAUCUCCUCAGGCCGUACGAACCGGUUCUCAAAUUCCUCACUAUUAAAUCGGUCAUCUUCUUGUCGUUCUGGCAAGGAAUGGUCCUCGCCAUCCUGGAACGCUGUAGCGUCAUCCCCAACGCGCUCUUCAUCGAUGGACAAGAGGUCGGCGCUGGCACCGUGGCAGCAGGCUGGCAGAACUUUAUCAUCUGCAUCGAAAUGUUCUUUGCUGCCAUUGCCCUCCGAUAUGCCUUCACCUGCACCGUCUACCAGGAGAAAAAGGAUGAAGUGCCAGAGAACAUGCCCCCAAUGCAGAGCAUCUCCAGCGGUCUGAAGGAGACCAUAAACCCGGGAGACAUGGUGCAGGAUGCCAUCCACAACUUCUCCCCGGCCUACCAGCAGUACACCCAGCAGUCCACACAGGAGGUGGUCCAGCCCAGCACGAACGGAAAAGUGUCCACGGGCAACAACAGCUCCCGCAAGUCUGACAAAAUCAUGCUGAUUACCUCUGAUGAUGAAUUCUAGGCAUCUCUCCAGCAAGAUCCAGGUGUUUGUGUCCUUGCCUCCCCUAUCUCUGAACCCCUGGGGAAACAGCUGUAUCGCAUCUCGCACAGAGCUGGAUCGAAUCUAGGCGUUUAAUUCUCAGUAUCCCAGUAUUUAAGAUGGAGUGUGCUUGCUUCUGUCCUGUUUUUUAAUGAAUAAUUUAAGCACCAAGAGGAGGAUGAAAUUAAUAACAGUUUUAAAAGUGAUGGCUCAGUGACCAGAGAACUGAUCUGCCGCCAUCUUGGCAGUAACAAUCACAGGGAAAUGACAUGUCACCUUCACCGUAUCAGAGAAGCCUGGAGCUAUGCGUUUCGUUAAAUCAAGCUGCUGGAUGAUCAGGAGUGUCCCUGAUCCUGAUUUUCUUUCUGUCUUUAUGUCAGCACUCGCUCUCUGGCUGUCUGAAGUGUGUUUCCUCUGAUUCAUGUCAGUUUCAAAGAGGAGAUGAUUAAUAUGUGUCUCCAGGUGGGAAGCAGGGGAAGCCAGCGAUGGCUGGGAAUGACGCUUCACGGACUGUGUCGCAUCUGCUUGUUUGAAGUAUUUGCUGAGCAUUCCUCUGCAUGGUUUCCAAACAAAAGGAAGGAUUUGUUCAAAGACACAUUAGUUUUGGAGCAGGUACUUCAUAUUGCAGACUAUAGCACUUCGCCGUCUUUUGUAUCUACCGUACCAUGGACAAAUUGGAUAAACCUGUCAUCUACAAAAGUGGGAGUUGUAGUAUUCUCAUUAAUUUUCUCAGUAUGCUAAAGAAUGUAAAUCAGUGCAACUAGACAGCCGUUCAACAGUUCAUCUUUUUGAAGCUUCUACACUAUUAUAUAUGCUUAUAGAGCUAAUGCUACAAGAGCCUUUUUGUGUUUCGAUGUGUUCACACCACUUCAUGUUGUAAUUCCAUCUUCCAGGGAUUAGAAAAAUAUGUACAGAAAUUGCUUGUUGUAAAUUGUGCUGUUUUUAAUGUUUUAUUUGUGUAAAAAAAUCUUUGUUUGAAUUAUGAUUUUGGGAAGAUCUUAAUGUAUUUAAUGUGUGCAGUUCAGGCGUAGUCGGACCAAACCAAAAUCUGCGUGGGGAGAGACAAAACAGUGUGCUUAAAGAGACUUUUGGCAGUUUCUUCUCCCAUGUUUUUUCACUAGAAAUGUUCUCUUUGUUUUUAUAAUGGGAGACAUAUAGCUUUCUAAGAGCAUCGGUUAUUGAAGACUGGUUUAGUAUAGCAAGUCAUAGUUGGUUGAAUUUUGAUACCCUCUUGUGCCAAUGAUAGCUGUCUUUCUGGAAAAGCAGACAUUAAUUUACAGUUGGGUACAAAAAUAUACAAAAUAGUGGUGACUAAUGUCUGUUUCUCCUGUUUGGUACUCGCGCAAAAAUAAAAUGAUUGUUUUGCUUCUGUAA